AUGUCGGCCGCUCUGCUCUCCCUGGCUUGCUUGCCAGGCGCCCUUUCAGCGGUGCUUGAGCUUCCAAUAUGGCUGAAGAACGGCUACUCCGUGGUGGACGUGGAGGUUGGAACGCCACCUGUUACACACACACUGUUGUUUGACACUGGAAGCUCGACGACUUGGAUGGUUGCCGGAACUUGCGAUGGGACAGCCCUGUGUCCUAAUAACAGCGGAUUCAACCGCACCGGCUACAACGAGACGGCGUCGUCGACCGCAAAUGCCACGGGCUCGUACGCCUCCAUCGACUACCUCGGAGGAGUCACGGCCGGAGCGGGCAUGGAGGACGUCUUCACGUUCCCCUCCGCCCCCGAGACCGUCUGGACACAGAGCUUCCUGGAGGCGUACCAGUCGUCCUGGUUCAACAUCCCAGCGGAUGGGUUCCUGGGCCUGGCCUUCAGCACCAUCUCCGACGCAAACACGACGACCCUGGUGGAGACAUUGCUGUGGUCUGGCAAGCUCGACGAGUCGCGCUUCGGCCUCUACUACGGUGUCGAGCUGGAGAGCACAGGCGACAGCGCCGGCGAGGGAAGGCUGACGCUGGGCGGCUCGCACGAGGACACUUAUGUGGACGGCGACCUCGUCUGGGCCGACCUGUCCCCGCCUGACGAGCGCGCCCAGCUGUGGCGCGUCGACAUGCAGUACGCGGUCGGCACGACGCCCAACAAGACGCAGUCGACUGUGACGCUCUCCGGAGCGUGGGGCGUGUUCGACACGGGCGCAGGGCGCAUCUCGGUGCCUGACCCGCUGAUCGACAGCAUCUACGCCAGCAUCGGCAUGAACUGGACGGCCAUCAUCGGCGGCGACCACAUCCCGCUGUGCACCGAGUUCACGGACGCGUGGUCGAUUGAGUUCAACAUCGGCGACGGGUAUAACCCCAGCGCGCUUGUGCUCACGGGAGACAUGCUCAAGAAGCCUGGGUUCGCGACGGGCGAGGACAAGUACUGCUGGCCGCCAUUCGACACGAGCGGCUCCGAUGGACUGUUCCUGUUCGGGUCGGACUUUCUGCAGAUGCACUACACGGUGCAUGACUUUGGAGGGUUCGAGCCCGAGAGCUACAAGGCGAGGAUCGGAUUUGGCGCGUUGAAGGACGAGUACCGGCCAGACCAUGUCUGA